AUGGACGAAUGCCGUGAAAACAUCAAGAACUUGAUCCCGAAACCGAUAGUGGCCGUUGUCAAACCACCGAUGCACCGUUCCGUAUUCACGGAAUCGGUGAAGCGUGGGUACAACAUGAACAAAGACUGUCACCGGACGAUGGGUUACGCCAAAGUCCAUCUCGACCCACCGUCGCAAUUUUUAAAAAAGAACACCAGAAUAGUGAUUAGACCGUCGGUCGGUAAGAUAAAAAUACGUAUAUUUUUAUAAUAUUAAUACCCGUGUGAUAUCGUAAAAUAUAAUUAAGCAAUUGCUUAAUGGCGUACGCGGGAUUUUUCAAUGGGGAGGGGGAGGAGCGGCUUAAAAAUUGAUAAUUAAUCGGUUGUUUUGUCACAAGUUUGAAAAAUAAAGUAUGUCAUUAGGUGUAUUCUUAGUUCUGACUGAAUAUACACAAACAUAUGAAAAAAAAAAAAAUAAAAAAUAUUUAGGUAAAUGUUAGGCAGUAAAUUACAAUUCUUAAACUAAUGGAAUAUUAAAAAGCCAGAGAUUAACCAAAGUAAGAAUUUUUAGAAUUUUAUAAAUUGUGGAUUGUAUUCCUAUUUUUUGAUUCUGAGUGAAGCGAAGAAGCUUAUGGUUUUAUAAAGAUAUAAAUAUUUUUUUUUUUCUGUGAACAACUUUUUUACCAAAAAUCUGGUUCUGAUUUAUAAUGAUAGCACUUUUUCUAAAAGGAAAUCUGGCUGGGAAAGUACUUAAGAAGGUAAUUUUUUGAUUUUUCCCAGGAGUUUUCCCAAUAAAUGAAAAAAACCGAUAAAACCAUGAGAAAACCGUGGGAAAAAUGAGAAAAUAGGUAAAAAUAUUAAACAAAUAUUACUAAAAAAAAUAUAAAAUGCCCAUUUAAUUUAUUAUUUUACCAUAAUAUGGCAUGCAUAUUAUAUGUAAUAUCAACUGAACUCCGCUACGACAGUGGCUCACGUGCGAAGUUGCACCGGUUUUUUUUUUUCUUCGAACUAUAAAUCGAUAAAAUGUCUACUUUUUUUUCUGUCAAUGAACAAUUAAACAGUUAUUUCAGUUUUGCAAAACUGCGAGAACACGACGAAAAACCUAAGUACCCAUACAAAAUAUUAUUUCUUUGACACGUGCCUAUAUAAUUGUUAUUCAUUAAUUAAAGGUUAUAUUAUUAUUAUCUACAACAUCCGUGAGCUAACCUAACGAUGCUUUAAUUGUUGUUAGUAUCAGUUUGUUAAGUUCAUUAUUAUACGCACAACAACACCAGCUGCCAAAGUUAUAAUAAUAACAAAACCAUUGUUCGUAACGAGUGUCACCACGUUAGACGAAAUAAUAAUCUUAUGAACCUAAUAACAUCUUAUUCCGUGAUAAUAUAGUAAGGUUAAUAAUAAUUAAUAAUUAAUAGACUGCGGUGGUAAAUUAAAUUAUUUACUGACUUGGGUAGUAAUUAUUGUUACACUUGAAAAAUAUACAAAUUUCUAUAUAAAUAUGGUCGGUCAAUGGAAGGGGGCUUCAGCUAAGGAGCUAAAGGUAAAGGUACCCCCCCCCCUGCGUACACCACUGUAAUCAAGUAAGAUUAUUUUUAUCGCGAACGGAUUAUCUAAAUGAUAAUUUUAAAUAAAUUCGAUGUCGAUUUUUUUUAUUCUCCGGAGGUCUCUGUUCAUAAUGGAAUUAAUAUAUUAUAAUAUAUACGUGAGUAAAAAAAAAAAAAAAAAUGUGCACUUGAUACACGCGGAUUUAGCAUCCAUAAUACACGUGUAUUUCAGUGUUAUUCACGUACUCGUACGGAUUAACGGUUAUGUGUCCGUGACAAAUUUAUUUUGGCCAAUUUAUUAAUUAAUUAAUUGUUUUUUUUUGGGCACAUAUUUUCUACCGACAAUUUUGUUCCAAUUUUUAAUCAUGACAAUAUUUCUAAAAAGAAAUUUGAUUGUUACUUUAUGGAGGUCAGUUUAUGAUUAUCCCAAGAUUUUUCCAGGCAAAUGUGAAAAACCAAACAAAAACGGAGGAAAAACUUAGAAAAACUGGGGAAAUCGGUACAACAUUAAACAAAUAUUACUAAAGAAAAUACAGAAAGCUUUUUUAAUUAUUUUACUAUAAUGUGACAUACAUAUUAUUGACAAAGCAUUACUAUCCACUGAACUCCGUAUCGGUUUUUUUGUAAGCAAUUGUUUUUCGUUGCUUACAGGUAUACAUUAAAUUACUUAGAACAGUGGCUGCACCCGUCCUUAUUUUCCUAGAUUAUUUCCUUUUUUAAACCUAAAAUUCGAAAAUAGAAUAUAAUUCCAAACAUUUCGAUUCGUGUAAAUGUUGUGAGUUUAGAGUAUAUGAGUUUAGGCCGGAGGAAUAGUAAAUUGUAUGUACUACUAAUAUAAAAUAAAAUAUAAAUAUUCUCGACGAUAUGUAUUAUAACCGAUUUAUAUUGACCGCGAGUUGCUAUUUGGAAUUAAAUAUGGACAGGAACACGAGACAACAGUUUUAAGACCAGUAGAACUGUCCGAAUAAUGUGCGUGACCGCUCUCUCCCUGAUUUUGACAUCAAACAAAAUGUAUGAUGACGCAUAGAUAAACUUAAUAAAUGUAGUUAUAACGAUCUCCAGAGAAAGUCAAGUGUGAUAAAAAGUCACCGAGAGUUCCGAAGCUGGCCCCACCGGGUGAACCGAGACCAAAAAAAAACAUAAUAGCCGAGAACAUUGUCGCCGUCAAGAGGACAUUGCCGCCUUUGUCCAAGCACAAUGUCCAAGACACAAAAGACGGUCACGUUAUCGAUCUGAAAAACGCCGGCCUGGAGCCGACUUACGUGUGCAAAAAGGUAUGUGAUUUAAACAAGCUCCCGGACCGGUGAUCGUAUCGGUAAUUGAGGAUUUUAUAUAGGUUACGGGUUAAAAACAUAUGUUUUUCCAUUAGCAGUUCCACGGGAAAAUCGCGAAAUGAGUUGUAUUAUAAUGAAAGCACGAAGACUUUGUUUUGUUUGUUAGUGUAUUUAAAUAGAUAGUUUAACCUUAUGAAAUUAAUAAUUAUUGUUCAAUUUCAAUUUAAACUUAAGUCUAAUAAUAUUUCGAGUCAUUAUCAUAUUGCAGAUUGCACAUCACUUUGUCUAAUAGUCCUUUUUACCGGUAUUAGUUAUACUCGUACGUUUUACAUAGGUGCAUUUAGGUUGCUGUAAACAUUUGUGAAAUGCGUUGUUAUUUUAUGUGUUUAAGAAUUACGGGAAAACGCCUAAGUAUAUCAUCAAAAUGUACAAAGAAAAAGAGAUGGCCCGACAAAAGGAAGAAGAACGGAUACGGACUAUAAAGCGACCAUACAGGCUUUUGCCGCAAGAAGAGCGACUGGAAUUGUUAAAUGUAUGCUCGACGUCCGUUUUCGGAUUUUAACGUGAAGUGUUUGGUUUUUUUCGACCAUAACACGUGCGUUUUCGUAUUUUCUGUUUAGGGACUGAAGACCAACUGGGCCGAAUUAUACAAGGAGUUUUUGUUGCUUCCGAUGAUAACAGACACGGUACCGAAAAUCAAUAGGAAAAGUAUGUUAGACAAAGAAUUAGGGAGCUUAGAAAAGGAUAUCGACUUGCUGGAACGCAAUCUGAAUAUAUACGUGGAAGAGUAG